AUGAGGCAGCGCACCGGUAAAUGCGAGUUUCGUUGCAUAAUGUGGACCACCGGUGAAAUAAAGUACGUUGCGCUGUUCGCUCUCGUUGCUGUGGCCAGCGCCCAGCAUUACCAGCAGUACCAGCCGCAGCCCCAGUACCAUCACCAACCCCAGUACCAGCCCCAAUACCACCACCACCAGCCAGAGUACCAUCACUACCAGCCGCAGCAAGUGGUGUACAAGCAGCCGGCACUGGUCAAAGCCGUCCAACCGGCUCUGCUGAAGACCGUCCAGCCGGCGCUGGUCAAGACGGUGAAGCACGUGGAACAGUACCCGGAUGCUCCGGCCGAGUACCAGUUUGCGUACGAUGUGCACGAUGACCAGACCGGUGACGUGAAGAGCCAACAGGAAGAGCGCCACGGAGAUGUGGUCAAGGGACAGUACACGCUGAUCGAUGCCGACGGUUACCGGCGUGUGGUCGACUACACCGCCGACGAUCACAACGGAUUCAACGCCGUCGUCCGCCGGGAACCGCUCGAGGGACACAAGGUCCUGAAGGCCGUGGCUCCCGUUGCCAAGCUGGUCGCUCCGGUCGCUCCGGUCUACGCCGCCGCCCCGGUCCACACCAAACUGUUCGCCCCGCAGCCCGUCCACUACCAGCCGGCACCGCAGACCGUCCACUACCAGCAGGCCGCCCCGCAGUACUACCAUGCUCCCCAAGUUACCAAGGUUGCUCUUCCCACCGUGACCAAGGUGGCCCUUCCGGUGGCCAAGGUGGCCACUUACGCCCAGCACCAUGACGCCGUCAACCACGUGCAGUUCCACGGACCGUCGAGCAACUACAACUACUGA